AUGCCUGUCGAGGACAUCACCAGCAACCAAGACUUCCGCGACAAGAUCAUCAACGCCGAUGGCCCCGUCGUCCUCGACGCCUGGGCCCCAUGGUGCGGCCCCUGCAGAAUGAUCUCCCCCAAAGUCGACGACUUCAGCACCCAGUACCCACAAGCCAAGUUCUACAAGAUCAACGUAGACGACGUACCCGACGUCGCACAGGAACUUGGGGUCCGCUCCCUGCCUACGAUUUACUUCUUUGAUAAGGGGGAGAAGACUACCGAGGUUGUGGGUGCGAAUCCGCCUGCGAUUGAGGCGGGUAUUAAGGCUCUUAUUGCGGCUUAG